GACCAUAACAUUCUAGUCAAAACAUGAAACCCAUUGCAGAACUUUUCUUUUUGCUGUUUUUUACUCUAUGGGUACACAAAAUUCUAGCUGCUCCAAGUGAAAUAGCAGAUUUAAUCCCCAUAGCUUGUGAUCAUACUUUGCACAAAGCCCUUUGCAUACAAAACCUUGAAAAUGACCCCGAGGGCCUCGAGGCUGUUGAUGUUCAUGGCCUUGCCACUGUGGCAGUAAAACAAGCAGCAAUCAAUGCCACCCACAUACGUGACCACAUCACCAAGCUGGACGAGGACACAUCUGACGAUGUUGUUCACCAAUGUCUGUCGGAUUGCUUUCAGAACUACGAAGAUGCAAUGGAUAAGCUUGAUGAUUGCCUCAAUGCCUUGGGAAAAAAAGGGUAUGAAGAUGUUAUAACAUGGGUCACGGCCGCCAUGAACGAUGCUCUUACGUGUGAUGCAGGUUUCAAGAAUCAAGGCCGCGAGUCUCUACUCGCUAAUUUGAGAAUCUUAUUCGAUCAGCUAUGUAGCAUUGCCUUGGGCCUUACCAAUCAACUGAAGCACUGAUCUUUCUCUCAAGCUCUUUACCAUACCAAGCUUAAGCUUUGCGCAAUAAAUAUGAUUUCUUUAUUUUGUAAAUUUUCAUUGUUUUCCAAAGCAUCAAUAACAUUUUCUGGUUUGUGUGCCAAGAAAUGACUUUACCCGA